CCCUAACUGCAGUUGGCCUCUGAGAGCUUCCACCCUGCGUCAACAUCCCAACUUGACAGUCUGAAGUCUCUACCCACGAAGGGGACCAGGCCGGAAGCUCGAAAUGCCAGCCCAGACGAGACGCAUCGAGAGAGCGCAGUCAGCGCGACGACAACGUGGAGAAGAGACACCAUUUUCCGACCUCCCAGAACCCCCUCAAGUUCAGCUAGCAGGACUAGGUCGCGGCUCUAUAGGCCGCGAGACGCAACAAAAUAAGAGGAGCACGGCUCAGAUAGAGGACGACGAAUACAACGAGUACGACGAAGAUACUAACCCCUCCUCUCCCCCUCCCUUGGGCCGUAACCGCACCAACAGCGACCGACUCUCGCAACUACGAGAGGAAGAACGACUCCUAGAGGAAGAAAUCCUUAUCGCUACGCACGAGGAACCCCUACGCAAGAGGCGCGCCGAUCUAGAACGCCUCCGAAGCGCUUCGGCCAGUCCGGCUCCCGGAUUGAGACAAGCGGUUUCAGCUGCGCCCGCUCCCGGAGUUGUAUUGAGCUCAGCUGGGGCCGUGGACCUCCGCAACACGGUUAGCCCCCUUACCCAGGCUGUAUCAGGAGCGCCGUCAGAGCAACAACAGAGCGACGAGUUCAUCGCCCCCAAGCCACCUUCCACAAGCUCCCUACCAACAGAAGCGGCGGUCACAGGAGGCUCUUCGGUGUCUAGGCCUCUGUCCCUCCCCAGCCUGUCGUACACGGGCAAGUCGGCAAGGGACUUGCACAGCUUUCUGCUCGACUGUUACUACCGCUUCGACUUAUGGGCGCAACAGACGAGAAGCGAUCGCGACGAAGUAGCUUACGCAGUGAGCUGCCUACAGGGAAACGUCAAGACGUCAUGGAUGCAUUGCAUCUUCGAACGGAGACGCGACGUCGGGUUCACCCUGAGAGCCGCUACGGAACGGGCGAUGCAGAGCUACCAGCAAUCGUUGACGCACUGCGUAACUGGCGCCACUACCUCGCAUACAGCCAGAACGUGAUCACUGUUUUCACAGACCAUUUCAACUUACACUUCUUGGACACAAAGAAGAGGCCCAACGGGAGACAGCUGCGCUGGCUCGACGAGCUAGCGGCGUUCAAAAUAGAGAUACAGUUCAAACCAGGCGUCGUGAACCCAGCAGAUGGAUUGUCAAG